GGGUGCGGGGGGGAGAGAAGGAUCGCCUACCUGUGGCCCGUGUCCAAUUCUCCGGUGGACACUGUAGCACAAUGCUGACUCGUCUCGCCGGUGUCACCCAGCUCCUCCUAACACCACUACUCACACCCAACUCAGGACGACGGACGCUGUGGCGCUCGGUACUAGACGAGCAGGAGAGCCCACGAUUAUGCUCCAGACGUGGCCAUGCCAAGAGACAAGCCUCGCAGCAACUGAAACACGUGGAGAACACCCACGCCGAGUUCCUCAAGAAACUGCACAAGAUAAUGAACAACAGUCUGAGACUAUAUGCUGACAACCUGAUGUGCAUGGACCUCUGCUGCUGGUCCAACAGUGAAGCCACACAGCUCCUCGGUUCAGAGAUGCUGCACCAUCUCCAGAGGAGAAGAGACAUGAAGGAGAUCUGGGGCUGUCGGCACAUGGUGGAGGUCAGAUACGGCCUACAUCCAAAUGGGAUUCCAUGCCACAAGAAAAAGAACCUCAAGUUUGAGAACAUCACCAGAGACAUGUGUCUAAGGAUCAACAACAUCCACCUGCUCAUCUCCAUAUUCCCUGCCCUGGAAACACACCUCUUCUGCAUCACUCGUCAGGAGGUGAUGCGACCUGUCACGGCUUUCGGCUACAUCUCCAGCGACGUCGGAGACCAUCUCAGCCCCCUCCAUUAUCACCCCACCGUCGCUACCUCUCGGUUACUGGGGGUCGGAGGUCACGCGAGGUCGCAGGUGUCCCGGGACCUGCGGGGGACUCUGACUGGUUCCAGUGAUCACAGUCUCAUGCCUAGAGACAGUUCGUUGUCGUGGGGCUACUCCAGUAGAGAGAGAGAGACGGCAGGACCGCCCGAGAAACCCGAGUCUGGGUUUGCCUCUCGGGACUCGGACCAGCUCCUCGACUACCUCCGCAGCAUUCAGAAGGCACAGCUCAAGCUCCUCUGCUCCAGAAUGAACACGUUCUUCAAGCCGGCCCUGUCACUGCUGCUGGAACUGAAUCUCGGGGACACCGGCAUCGAGAGGAGGCUCCACCCACUCAUCACGUUCCUCACCCGUCACCGCGCGGCGCUGCGCAAAUACAUCUACCCCGAGUGCUUCGCAACACUCAUGAACUACCUCUGGAGCUAUAUACUGCAGGACUUGGAAGAGGAGGCGAUAAAACUGAGAGAUAGCAAAAAGCCAGUCACCAGCAAGGCUCAGAUGCUACUCCAAGCGCUAUCACAUCUGAUGGAGUUUGUUCACGAUAAGGGUGGAGGUGUUCCACUGCAUAUACUGACUCCCACCUGUGAGUACCUGCUGGCUCUGUUGGAUGUGAUGACCAGAUCCACCGACCAGCUCAUCACCAUCUUCAACAAACUCAGUGCUCCCAAAUUUGCGAUGAGUCGACUGGACCUGUCGCGAACGCCGGUCCAACUGGAUCCCGGAGUCAUUCACACCCUCCACUCCCAGCUCCACACCUUCAAGAAGUGCUUCAGCGGGAAAGAGUUUGUCGAGCAGCUCCUCAAACUGGGGAGGGAGACGGAAGCCACGAGACAGAACUCCAGCGAGCCGACAACACCGUCCCCCCAGAUCGCCUUCCAGCAGCGCUCGCCCAGAACCGGCAACAGACACAUCUAUAACUCUCCCACCACCAGUGGAGCAAGUCCCAGGAUUUUCUACACCGUCCACUACGCCAAGGAGGUCGGACAGUUUCUGCUGAGCGAACUAAUCCUGCUUCCUCUUCCGACUCUGAGACAACGGUCGUCUGACUAUGACUCCGAGGACGAGGAAGACGAGGAGGGGGAGGAGGAGGUGAGGGAGGGGGACAGCCGGCAGCACGAGUCCAGCUCUAUUCAGACACACGAGCGAGUCGUGAGACGAGUGAGCGUAGAAGGAGGAGGACGAGGAGAUGGUGUAAACCAUCCGAAGACUAUUCCCUCCUCAACCGAGAACAGCCCACGACUCCAGCCCUCCUCCAGGAGUACUAGAGCUCCGUUUGAUUACCGAAUUGACACGCACAACGGGAGUAACCCGGCCUCUCGACUUGCGGCCGUGUUCACCUACUCUCCCCAGUCUCUCUACAAAUUUGCCGACGUGGAGGAUUUCGAGAGCCGGGCGCUCUAUCACAGCCAGAUUCUGUCUGCAUCGGCUCACCCCCAGGCAGCCGACGGGAUGGAGGAGACAACGGCAUUUGAGAAGGCGAGGAUGGGGCUGCUGUUCCUAGUCUACGACCUCCUUCAGCAGAGGACCAGGCGGGAAAAGAGGGUGAAACAGUUCCUGCAGAUGCCGGGUGCCCUGACAGUCGCCGAUCGACGGAAAAGGCAGUUCGUGGACUGCAAUCUCAUAUUCAAGAUGUGAUUUAUGUUGUUGUGUUGACAAAGGAUCACUAAAUUAUUUUUGCGCCAGAUGCGGGCCUGCACCUCCGGACGGAUCGCGGAGC